AUGUCUAAUUCCAAGUUUGAGGAUUCGGGUCACAUUGACUUGGCAGGGGACGAGUUUGUCAAUAUCUGGACGACUGAAGGCGGACAAACGCUCACUGCGGAGUCUACGAAGAAAGAUAACAAAGACUUCUAUGAGCAAUGGGUAGCAAAGUCUUCCGGAACGCUGGCAAUACCUGCUGUAGCAGGCGCAGAUGCUUUGCGAGCACUAUAUCCAGACCAUUCCGUUAUCCUGACGCAAGGGUAUUCAUUCAAUAUCCUUGGUUUCCCGGCUGCUACUUUUAUUCCAAUUGAUACAACAAAGCUUGUUAACAACCUCGUCUACGUUCCAGUUGCAAGAAAUCUAGGUACUGUCCCUGGCAUUUUAGCUAACAACAUUGUCUUUGGAGGGUUCAAAGUAGCUUGGAAGCAAUUCGAGUAUAUCAUAUACACCAUCGAGUUCCCUGAGGGAUUCGGUAAAUUACGACAGUACUUUAUCUUGCACAAAGGCCCUGAAGAAGUCUCUCGCUUAUUUCUUCUUGCGGCUGGGGCCUGGAAUGACUCUUUACAUGAUGAGAUCUGGGUAUUUAACCAAGGAUUUUGGUCAAAAGACCAUGGCCUUUGGGUUGAAGUACAGAAAGCAGACUGGAAAGACGUCAUACUCGGCGAAGACUUCAAGCAAGCACUCCAGAAAGACGUGUACGGGUUCUUCUCCUCAGAAGCCAUAUAUAAAGAAUUGGCUAUUCCAUGGAAGCGCGGUCUCAUAAUGCAUGGUCCGCCAGGAAAUGGUAAAACUAUCAGCCUCAAAGCCAUCAUGAAGACCUGCGGGGAGAAAGGCUUUUCGCCUUUGUACGUCAAGUCAUUCAAGAGCUAUAAAGGCGAAGAAGGCGCUAUGGCAGAUGUGUUCGACAAAGCUCGUCAACUUUCACCUUGCGUUAUUAUUCUCGAAGAUCUCGACAGUCUCAUCAACGAUUCCAAUCGUUCUUUCUUCCUUAACCAACUCGAUGGGUUGGAGGGAAAUGAUGGGAUGCUCAUCAUUGGAACUACCAACCACUUUGACCGACUUGACCCAGCACUCAGUACUAGACCAAGUAGGUUUGAUAGGAAAUACUUAUUCGACGAUCCAACGGAGUCAGAACGAAAAUUAUACGCUAAAUAUUGGCAAACCAAAUUGAAGUCAAAUAAGGAUAUCAACUUUCCAGACGAGUUGGUCGAUAAGGUCGCACAUCUCACUGAAAAAUUCAGUUUCGCUUAUCUCAAAGAAGUAUUCGUUUCAUCUUUGGUCACGCUUUCAGGCAUUGAGGGCGAGAAGCCGACUUUAGAAAGCCUAUUGCUGAAACAAAUUAAAGUCCUUCGUAAACAGCUAGACAAACCCACAACUUCAGUGGAAAACCUCAAGCCCACUCAUACUCGCAUUUCCACUUCUCCAGCUAAUCCCUUUGUUUCAACCGGUCGUGGCGUUUCCUCAGAGCCCGACUUGGAUCCAGAUACAAAUCUAGCUCUGGGCUUUGAUUACCUGACGUCUUUUCAAGGCUCCGACUUCUUUUCCGAUGGAAUGCGUAGACGCCAGGAAAUCAAUGCAUCACUUCGAGAGAGGCUACCACGACCUGGCGUAAGGAAUCAUCCAAGUCGGGGAUCACUUGAUGAAACUUUCUCGCAUAUAGAGCCAGAGAUAAACUCAAUAAGGCAUAUACGAUUCCGAGACCGCGGUGCCGAUUCAAGUUUAAAUAGGCUUGGAUUCUCUCAAUCUACCUAUCCCGAAACUCAGCGAGCUAGGUCAACGACAGACCGCGAACAAAGUUACCGGCUGGCUCAGGAGGUAGGAUUACACGUCGCGCAGCAGAUUCCAGACGAGACGAUGAACUUCCCACUGCCCGCCUACUUAGACACCAUUCACUUAUCUUCUUGGCCAGCUCUGAAGAGAGGCUCCACCUCAUCUAGUGCCUCAUCAUCUAUUGCAAAUGACUCGGAGGGCAUGCACAAUCCAUUCUCCACUCAUGCUAGUUGGGAUCAUAGGCUGGGCACAACCGGUUCCAUCCCCUCAAGUUCCACCCUUAACGACUGA